AGCAGUAGGCCUAAACAUCAUCAUGAGCACAACAAAGUUCUUCACAUCUGGCAGUCCCACUGCCUGGGAGAAGACGCUCAGUCUCUAUGGCAACGUGAUGGAGCUCAAAGGUGCUGCCAUCAAGAAGCCGGGAGGAAAGAAAGAACUUCUGGAUCUGGAUAAAUGGUACCAGGAGGACCUGCCCAAGCUCAUUCAGGAGCGAGAUUCCAAGUACAUCACUCAUGAAGAGAUCACCAAACUCAUGAAAUGGAAACUCACUAGAGGCAAAUUCCGGCCCAGACUCUAUGACAUGGUGCAAGGCAACAAGCCUGAGCUGGUUGAGUCAGCGAGUAAGAAGGCCUUCAAGAGCCUGCCAAACCUGGCUAAGGCCAUCAAGGAAUUGACAGUCCUGAGCGCUGUGGGGCCAGCCACUGCUUCUGCUGUCUUGGCAGCAGGAGCUCCCCAGCAUGCACCCUUCAUGGCCGAUGAGAGCAUGCUGCCCAUACCAGGCCUGGCUCCACUCAAGUACACACCCCAGCAGUAUUCUCAAUACUCGGCCGAGGUCAGCGCAUGCGUCAAGAGGCUCAACAAGGAGGAUGCAACCAAGCAGUGGACACCGCACAAAGUGGAGCUGGCUCUAUGGACCCACUACAUGGCCAACAAACUCCAGCCUAGUCUCCUAGAGCAGCUAGAAGCUGGCGAGAAAAGAAAGUCUUCUGAAAAUGGCGGCAAAGAUGACACAAAGCGGGCCAGGAAAGGCGAUGCCAAGUGACAUCUUAUCAGUUUAACACAUCUCCAACUUUUGCUUUUUCUUUAACAAAAGCCGUGUUAUCGUUGGCUCGUUUGGAACAUGUCAUGUGAUUGGCUAGCUUUUGAAAGUUGCUACCUCUUCGAGAUUUAUAUACAUUGUAUACGUAAUUUAUAAUUUCGUUAAUCUCUCUGUACUUUUGUAAACUACCUAGAUCAUGAAGAGUUAUAUUUUUGUAAUUAUAAGGGCAUGUGAAUUACAGUACAAGUUUUUUUUUACAUUUGUUAGCAAAAACUGUUGCACAUUUUGCCAUUCUCAAUAGUUGGUUAGGCAAAAAUUCAGAAACAAAUUUCUAGGCCGAGAAGACCCUCCUGAAAUAAUGCGAGUGAAAAGGUUUUUUUUCUUUCACUGGAAAAUCUGUUAAAGUAAAGCUAUGCAAAUUUUGUUCCUUGCAUUCGUAUUUGUUUUAGUGACGGUUGAUAAGACUGGAUCAAUGCGUUUUCAUAGUUGCCUUUUUAACAGUUUAUCAGUAAAUUUAUAUUCAUCUUUGUGACUAACGCAGAAUUAAUGUUCCAAAACAUGUUUUGAUGAGAAAAACGACCUUUUUUUAUGAAAAGUACCAAUUUGUACAAGAUGGCAGAUCAUGUUGAAAAGUUAAGUUUUGCACAAGUUUUGUUUUUAAAGUUGAUGACAGCUGAACGCAACUGUAUUUAUGUAAAGUACAUGUAUGCUGUUAAAAAUGUUGUAUUCAGAUAUUUAAGUUGUUGAAAAGUCAUUUUUUUUUAAAUUCAAAAAAGAGAAAUAAAACCAAGACAUUGGCAUUCGAUU